AUGGAAGAGCCGACACUCCGACUACAAACAACCGCCCACGGCGAGGCCAUGCGAUGCUACCGAAAUCAGUCACUGCCCGGAAUGGACCUGCUCAACGACGGGGUAGAGUACAACACCGCGAAACAAUGCACCAGCGUCGCGCGCCAAAACGGGAUACGCGGGGCUAUGAGCGAGAUCUACGGCUGCACGCACUGGUACUUCAGCUUUGAGGGACACAAGGGCUGUGGAGACUGGCAGGCCGCCCUCGGCAUCACGUUCCGAGUACAGCAUUUGAGCUGGUACAGCAUGGCGGGCGAGGCAAAGCGGGAUUUUCCUGCGAGCAUCAACUAUCAGAGCCCGUGGUACAAGGAGUACAAGUAUAUCGAAGACCACUUCGCCAGAGUCGGCGUCGCCAUGACCCGCGGGCGCGCCGUGACGCGAGUGGCCGUCAUUCACCCCAUCGAAAGCGCUUGGCUUUGUUUCGGACCGAACAACAGUGGCGAUGACGAACUCGGGCGACGGGAUCAGUACUUCGCUGAGUUGACGAACUGGCUGCUUCAAGGGCUGGUCGACUUUGACUUUAUCUCCGAGACUCUGUUGCCCAGUCAGAUCGGAGAGGAUGUGUCUGCAUCACUGAAAGUUGGCCAUUGUAGUUACGAUGUGAUCAUUUUACCUCAGCUGAGAACCAUUCGCUCAACUACGCUCAGCAUUGUCAAGAGGUUCGCCGCUGCUGGGGGCAAGGUCAUUAUCGCUGGUAAUGGGCCAAGCCUAGUUGACGCCCAGGCCGUAUCCCCGGAUUUGAGCCUGGACAUUGAGCCCUGUACGAAGUUGGCAUGGGAUCAGGCUGAAAUAUUGAACAACCUCUCCGAGAACCGGGAUGUGGCCGUUGAAGUGAAGGAUGGAAAGCCGGCACAAACUCUGCUUUAUCAGAUGCGUGAAGAUGGCGAAGAAAGAUUUGUCUUCAUCUGCAAUACGGACCGUAGCAAGCCCCACGAUACCACGGUCAAGAUCAAAGGCGACUGGGAAGUUGAAGUCUUGGACACAUUCAAGGGCUCAACGCAUCAGCUCAAGGCAGAAAUUGACGGAGGCUGGACAGUCUUCGACCACAGGUUUGAAGGAUGUUCCAGCCUAUUGCUCCGUCUAUCUGCAGUGCCAGCUGAAAAGCUCUCCUUCGUUGAUGUUGCCGGCGCUGUGACUUUGUCACCACCAAAAGCGGAGUCAGUCGAGCUGAAACUCGAGGAAGUGGUGUUAUCCGAGCCAAACGUCUUGCUAUUGGACUACGCCUGCUACAGAAUCGACGAUGAGCCAUGGGAAGACUCGAAUCGCCAAGAGAUUCUUAAAAUUGACAACGAGAUCCGGUCCCGGCUGCGACUGCCAGCAAAAGGCAUGGCAUGGAAACAGCCAUGGAGUGUGCCCCCAUCAAAACGCUUGCCAAGGGUCUAUGUUGAUCUCCGCUUCGAGUUCGAAUCAGAGCUCAUUAUCAAAACACCUACCUACCUGGCGAUGGAGAACCCCGAAAACGCCAGAAUCACAAUCAAUGGUCAUAAGCUGCCCGUGUACGACGCGAAGCUGUCGUGGUGGGUCGAUGAGGACAUCAAGACUGUGCCGGUGCCGAAGAGGGCCAUCCGCAAGGGAAAGAACGUCAUUGAGCUCAGCAUGCCGUUUGGUGUCUUGACGAACCUAGAGAGGAUCUACUUGCUGGGCAGCUUCAGCAUAGAUUUCAAGAACAACAGGCCGAUUGUACGAGAACGCCGACAGAGUCUAGGCUGGGGAGACGUCGUCGCGCAGGGACAUCCGUUCUACGCAGGAAACAUGACUUACAACUGCAGCUUCUCGCUCAACACGCGGUCCAACGUCACCCUUUCGAUCCCACAUUUUGCCACGCCUGUGGUCAAGGUUCAAUGGGGCAAGGAACAGAGCGACCACAUCGCACUUCGACCCAGAGCUCUGGAUCUAGGGGAACUAGAUGGCGGGAGGCAUGAUAUCACCAUCACAGCCUUUGGGUGUCGGUACAACGCUUUCGGCCACAUUCACUUGGCUGAUGGAAUCCCGGGAUGCUCUCCCGAGCAGUGGCGGACUGGCGGUGCAGCUUGGAGCGAUGAGUACAUGUUGAAGCCCGUAGGAGUGUUGGAGAAACCGUCCAUGCGAGUCGAGCCAAAGGCCGAUGCCGGCGAGGACUGGGUUGUACUGACUGAAUAA